UACAACACCAUCUGCUGCCAUUUGCUAUAUACAACUAGUCUUCCACAUAUCAAAGCAAAUUGCAUUCUCUUUUCUCAACAAUAUUAUGCUUACAAGAUGAAGAUUGAAGUGAUUGAGAGAGCUUACAUUAAGCCUUCUAUGCCAACCCCACCCCAUCUUUGUAAGCAUGAGUUUUCUUUUCUCGACCAAAUCGCAACACAAAUUUUCAUGCCUAUGAUCUUUUUCUACAAUAAUCAUCAUGUCAACGAUGCAAGAACUUAUUCAGAUAGGGUAAAACAAUCUUUAUCUGAGGCCUUGACACAAUAUUAUCCGUUCGCUGGACGUAUCGUUGAAAAUGCCUUCAUCGAUUGCAACGACCAAGGUGCGCCUUAUGUCCAAGCCCGAGUGAGGUCCCCACCACUUUCCGAUGUCAUAUCCGAACCAGACCCAAACCAGCUCAACAAACUACUCCCAUGUGAACUAGACAAUGUCGGUGACUUGGUUUUUGCUAUCCAAGUCAACAUGUUCGAUUGUGGUGGCAUGGCUAUUGGAAUUUGCUUUUCUCACAAAGUUGCCGAUGCAUUGUCAUUCAUCACGUUCCUCAACAGUUGGGCGUCGAUAUCUCGUGGAGAUUGCAACAUUAAAAAUAGUACAGUCAGUCGUCCAAUUUUUGAUUUGGCCACGCUCUUUCCACCUAGAAGCAUAUCAGGAUUCAAACCAAGCGUUGAGAAAGCUAGAGAAAAAAUCGUCACAAAAAGGUUUGUUUUCAGUGCUUCCACGAUUGCUUCUCUUAGGUCAAGAUAUACAGAUAAUAAAGCCAAUGAGAUAAAGCCAAGUCGGAUUGAGGCCUUGUCAGCAUUUAUAUGGGCCCGGUUUAUAGCCUCCACUCAGGGAAAGCCGAACCCCAACACUCUUUACAGAGUGGCUCACGCCGUUAACUUGCGGACGAGGAUGGACCCACCACUGCCGGAAUACCAUUUCGGGAACGUGAGCCGGUUUGUCAUGUCCUCGCCGUCGUUUGACGAGAGAGAGGACACGUGUUACGGGAUGGUGCGCCAGAUGAGGCAGGCGAUAAAGACAAUCGACGGUGAUUACGUGGCCAAAAUCAAAGAGGGCAACGAGCACGUGGAGUUUUUGAAGCAGCUAGCGGAGGAGUCUAUGAAGCGUGAAGUAGCGUCGUUUAGCUUCAGCAGCUUGUGCAGGUUCCCAUAUUAUGAGACGGACCUCGGGUGGGGCAAGCCUGUGUGGGUCGGGUCGGCCAGCUUUCCAUUUAAGAACCUGGUUUGUUUCAUUGAUGCUGGGUCAAGUGGUGGGAUUGAAGCAUGGGUGAAUUUGAAGGAGGAAGACAUGGCUAAGUUCCAACAUGAUGAGCAGCUGCUGGCAUGUACUUAUCCACCACAAGAUGCUAAGGUUUAGUAAUUCGUUUUGUAUAAUGCUAUUUGGAUUGAAUAAGUUGUUCAUCAGGAACAAAGUCUGAUUGCAGAAAAAGAAGUAUUAAGUAAUAUUGUUACACUUACUAAAUAUUUGUAUUAUCAAUUUAAUAGAUGUACGGUCCACGAACACAUAUGGAUCUCAUCUUUGUUAAAGAGAUAGUACAAAUAUGUAGUAAGAUGAGUUUAUUUUUUAUUUUUUAUUUUUUUAUAAAGGUAUAUGAUUUACUAUGUCUUUAUUUAAUACUUUAAUCAAGGCAUUCCCCUAAAGCGUUUCAAGGCUA